AUGGAUCUCAAGUUCACUUUCCUCCUCUCGCGUGAGAUGGGUUUGGAGUUCACUAUUCCUCCUCUCGGGGAUCUGAUCUCAAAACUUGUAUUUCGUGCUCUAUUUGCGUUGAAUCGAUCUCGGUGUUCCCAUGGUUCAAGAAGAAGAAGCCUCUUAGAACUAACAGAUCGAUGUGGUACUUUAACUGGUUUUAGUAAUGAGUGCAAUAUACAAUGCAGAUAUAUCUUUUGCUUUCAUUAUAAUAUGUAUAAGAACUUCAUUAUAAUCUUGGUUGGAGAUUUUUUAUAUGUACAUGAAAGGUGAUGGUUCUAUGGAUCUUGAUUUGUUUGUGAGGAUUCACUAAU